GGCGGCGGCGGGGACGCGGGGACGCGAGGACGCGGCUUUGUGCAGGCGGGUCGCGGGGCGCCCAUGGCGGAGUGCGGCCGGGGGGGCGCCGCCGGCGGGGCCCUGCCCACCUCCCCGGGCCCGGCCCUCGGCGCCAAGGGCGCCCUGAAAGCCGGAGUAGGGGAAGGCGGUGGCGGGGGAGGUCGCCUCGGCCACGGGCGGGCGCGCUAUGACAGCGGCGGGGUUUCCAACGGAGACUGCAGCCUCGGCGUGUCCGGCGACGAAGCCCGGGCCAGCCCUGCCAGGGGACCCCGCGGCGUUGCGCUCGCCCCGACCCCCAGCGCGGUUGUCUGUCCCGUCCCCCGGGAGAGCAAGCCGGGCGGCCUGCCCCGCCGGAGCAGCAUCAUCAAGGAUGGUACAAAACAGAAGAGGGAACGGAAAAAGACAGUCUCAUUCAGCAGCAUGCCAACAGAGAAGAAGAUCAGCAGUGCGAGUGAUUGUAUUAAUUCAAUGGUUGAGGGUUCAGAACUCAAAAAGGUUCGCUCCAACUCUAGAAUUUAUCAUAGGUACUUUUUACUGGAUGCCGACAUGCAGAGCCUAAGGUGGGAGCCAUCUAAGAAGGAUUCCGAGAAAGCCAAGAUUGACAUUAAAUCCAUCAAGGAAGUGAGAACAGGAAAAAACACAGACAUAUUCCGCAGCAAUGGCAUUUCUGACCAGAUAUCUGAAGAUUGUGCAUUUUCUGUCAUAUAUGGAGAGAAUUAUGAGUCACUGGAUUUGGUUGCCAACUCUGCAGAUGUUGCAAACAUCUGGGUUACAGGACUGCGGUACCUAAUUUCUUAUGGAAAACAUACACUUGAUAUGUUAGAAAGUAGCCAAGAUAACAUGAGGACUUCUUGGGUUUCACAGAUGUUUAGUGAAAUCGAUGUAGAUAACCUUGGACAUAUAACUCUGUGUAAUGCUGUGCAAUGUAUCAGAAACCUCAAUCCCGGUUUAAAAACAAGCAAAAUUGAGCUUAAGUUCAAAGAAUUGCAUAAAUCAAAGGACAAAGCUGGUACCGAGGUCACAAAGGAAGAAUUUAUUGAGGUUUUUCAUGAGCUUUGUACUAGACCUGAAAUUUAUUUCCUUUUAGUUCAGUUUUCAAGCAAUAAAGAAUUCCUUGAUACCAAGGACCUUAUGAUGUUUCUUGAGGCAGAACAGGGUGUGGCACAUAUAAAUGAGGAAAUAAGCCUUGAAAUUAUUCACAAAUAUGAGCCAUCCAAAGAGGGUCAGGAAAAGGGCUGGCUGUCCAUAGAUGGGUUCACUAAUUACCUUAUGUCACCUGACUGUUAUAUAUUUGAUCCAGAACAUAAGAAGGUCUGUCAGGAUAUGAAGCAACCUCUGUCUCAUUACUUUAUAAAUUCAUCUCAUAAUACAUACUUAAUAGAGGAUCAGUUCCGAGGUCCCUCCGACAUCACAGGAUAUAUUCGAGCUCUUAAAAUGGGUUGCCGGAGUGUUGAAUUAGAUGUAUGGGAUGGGCCAGACAAUGAACCUGUAAUUUACACAGGCCACACCAUGACCUCUCAGAUAGUUUUCCGCAGUGUCAUCGAUAUUAUUAACAAGUAUGCAUUCUUUGCUUCAGAGUAUCCUCUUAUCUUGUGUUUAGAAAACCACUGUUCCAUUAAACAACAGAAGGUAAUGGUUCAGCACAUGAAGAAACUUUUAGGAGACAAGCUCUAUACAACAUCACCCAAUGUUGAGGAAUCUUAUCUACCAUCCCCAGAUGUCCUGAAAGGGAAAAUACUAAUUAAAGCAAAGAAACUGUCCUCAAAUUGCUCUGGGGUAGAAGGAGAUGUUACUGAUGAAGAUGAAGGAGCAGAAAUGUCUCAGAGGAUGGGAAAAGAAAACGUAGAGCAACCCAACAAUGUGCCUGUGAAGCGAUUUCAGCUUUGUAAAGAACUAUCUGAACUGGUCAGCAUCUGCAAAUCAGUUCAGUUCAAAGAAUUUCAGGUGUCAUUUCAGGUUCAGAAGUAUUGGGAAGUCUGUUCGUUUAAUGAAGUGCUUGCCAGCAAGUACGCCAAUGAAAAUCCAGGGGACUUUGUAAAUUACAACAAGCGUUUUCUUGCUAGGGUUUUUCCCAGUCCAAUGAGAAUUGACUCCAGUAACAUGAACCCUCAAGAUUUUUGGAAAUGUGGUUGCCAAAUUGUAGCCAUGAACUUUCAGACACCAGGACUGAUGAUGGACCUGAAUAUUGGCUGGUUUAGGCAGAACGGAAACUGUGGCUAUGUCCUCCGGCCAGCCAUCAUGAGGGAGGAGGUCUCCUUCUUCAGUGCCAAUACAAAAGACUCUGUCCCAGGGGUCUCACCUCAACUUCUUCACAUUAAAAUCAUCAGUGGGCAGAACUUUCCCAAGCCCAAAGGAUCAGGUGCCAAAGGUGAUGUGGUGGAUCCUUAUGUCUAUGUUGAAAUCCAUGGAAUCCCUGCUGAUUGUGCAGAACAAAGGACAAAAACAGUGCACCAGAAUGGAGACGCUCCCAUUUUUGAUGAAAGCUUUGAAUUUCAAAUCAACCUGCCAGAAUUGGCCAUGGUGCGCUUUGUAGUGCUGGAUGAUGACUACAUCGGGGAUGAAUUCAUCGGCCAGUAUACAAUUCCCUUUGAAUGUUUACAGACGGGCUACCGCCAUGUCCCCCUGCAGUCCUUAACUGGAGAGGUCCUUGCACAUGCUUCCUUAUUUGUCCAUGUGGCUAUUACUAACCGAAGAGGAGGCGGGAAGCCUCAUAAAAGGGGCCUUUCUGUGAGAAAAGGGAAGAAAUCCAGGGAAUAUGCAUCUUUGAGAACAUUGUGGAUUAAAACUGUGGAUGAGGUAUUCAAGAAUGCCCAGCCCCCUAUACGGGAUGCCACAGAUCUGAGAGAAAACAUGCAGAAUGCGGUGGUGUCAUUCAAGGAGCUGUGUGGUCUGUCCUCUGUGGCCAAUCUCAUGCAGUGCAUGUUGGCGGUGUCCCCCCGCUUUCUGGGGCCUGAUAACACACCCCUAGUGGUCCUAAAUCUCAGUGAGCAGUACCCCACAAUGGAGCUGCAGGGAAUUGUGCCGGAGGUUCUGAAGAAGAUCGUAACAACUUAUGACAUGAUCACCCUCCUUCCACCACUUCACAGUGACUCACAAGCUGCAACUCUUCCAACACCCACUUCCACCAGCAACCUUCAGGUCUUUUUCAAGGUUAAGUGCCAUGUUGAUUGUAGUAUUUUUUCAUUCUUUAACCAUUUAACAUAUGCAGAACUGUCAUAUUGUUUUUAUUCGAUGUCUUUUUUUGUUUAUGUGUCACUGAAAAAUUUUUUAGUGUUGUGCCCCUAACCCACUUUCCUUGCAAGCCCUGUGGUUUUUAUUGCACUAUUUUGUAUAGUGAGGUGAGUUUUAGGAUUACAGAACUGUCGUACUGCAGUUACAUUAGGUCCUUGAAUAAUGUCGUUUUGUUCAGCAUCAUUUCAUUAUGACAUCGAAGAGGAAAAAAUAAUUGAUUCCCAGCUGGGGCCACUUGUAUGGAGUUUGCAUGCUCUCCCCACGUCUGUGUAGGUUUUCUCUAGGUACUCCAGUUUCCUCCCACAUACCAAAGAUGUGAAUUUCAGAUGAAUUGGACAAUCUUCAGGGUCUCUGUGAGUGAGUGUAGAUGUGCCCUGAGAUGGGAUGGCUUCCUGUCCAGGGUGGGUUCCGCCUUGUACCCUGAGCUGCUGGGAUAGGCGCUGGCCACCUUUGAUCUGGAAUAAGUGGGUUGGAAAAUGAAUAAAUGAAUGAAUGAAUGCAUAUAAGUUAUUGGGAAAUAAAAAUUUAUCAGGUAUUUGGCAAUCAUCCAAAUGCACAGCAAUAUUUGUUAACUGUUUUUGAGCUGUGUGGUAGUAGAGGUUCCUCUGAAAAUUUUCAUUUUGCAAACAUUUGUUGAUUUAAUACACCACCGCUAUGACUCCUGUCACUUACGAAUUCACCACAAAUUGAGUAAAUAAUGAUCUUACUUGUUUUCAUUAAUCUUUCUUAAAUGUAUGUAUAGUUUGCAUUUAUUUCAGCAUUUAAAAUUAGAAGUGUUUUGAUCUUUAUUGAGAAGUUUGAUGAUGUUUUUGUGACCAGAAAUACGCUGUGGAAAUUUAACCGUUGUUUGUAUCAGUCAGCCAAUGGUAAAAUUGGUUUUGUUGUACCUUGUUCACUUAAAGUCACAGUUUCCAAGAACCUAUUCAUGUUAAGAGAGGACUUACUGUAUAUUUCUUCAUAGUUACUCAAGAUCACCAAAUUACCAAGUCCACAACUUCCAAUACUGUGGACUCACCCUCCUUCCAGCGCCUCUCUCUGUACACAUCUGUAAAUGUUUAGCAUCCUUGUUCUUUUCCUGCCCUCUGACCACUCUUGCACCUGUCAUACUAGUUAUUAUUCUCUCUGCUUAUUCCAGUGAUUUUGGAGCAUCAUGCAGUGUUCAUUCAUCUUUAAAAUUCCUUCCUCAGAGAUGUAGACAUUCUUUCAUCUCAGCUACUACCUCUGUGCAGAAAAUUUUUGAUUAUCCAGUGCCAGAACCAAGUUGUCACAUAAUUUCUGGUUGCUUCUCAAGAUUCUUAGACUUCCCUACUGUAACCACCAGCUCAAUUCAACUAGGGUGGAAGUUCACAUCCUAAAUGCAUUAACAUACUUAAAGGAACUGUAAAGCACUGUACAACUGUGGGGUGUAUAACAUGUUUAGUUGUAAACUGUAAAGCACUCUAUAACUGUGGGGUGUGUAACAUGUCUAGUUGUAAACUGGAAAGCACUCUGUAACUGUAAGGUGUGUUACAAUUUUUUUUAUCCUGACUAAUUUUCCUCUCUUAUCUUGGCUCUCCCUUCUGUGCCCACAGCAAAUCAGCCUUGGAGUCCUCCCCCACGUAAUCUCUUCAUGUCAUCUUUUCUUUCCAGCCCCUCUGCUGCCUCUCAUGACUCUCAUAUAGCGGUGGCCCCCACCUGCUUCGUGUUCCCACUUUUGUGCUCCCAUCUGCCAUUUCGUCCUUCACACUGAUGCUUGUUCAUGGUUCUGAAAUUUUACUUUGAUCACAACACCUCUGCUUAAAAUUGUCAAGGGUUUGUGAUUAAAUUCAAACUCUACAAUGUAGAAGUUCAUAUCUUAUCCAAUCUGGCCCUUACUCCUUUUCUAUCCAUGUUUCCUUACAUUCUUUAACACGAGUUGAGAUGCCUAGAAAACUUAACAAUAUUUUACAUGAUUUCAAGUCCUGCCCUUCCGCAUCAUGCCUGCAGUGGGGUUCUGUGUGUGGCAGCACCCAAAUAUGCUCCUCUAUAUGUUUGUUAGCAGUUGAGUAGUGCUUUUUAUCAAGCACAUCUCAGGUUCUCUCUAUAACUUUCUUUUAUGUAGGUUUUUUCCCCUGUAUAAAUUGUGUAGUGAAAGAUGUGGUAGUGGAAAUGAAGUUUCAUAAGAAACCCAGGACAAGUUACUCUGGAAACGGUUUGUUAUUUGGAAAGUGUUUUCAUAGUGACCUUGCUGGAAGAGAGGAUGACCACAGCUCUUAAUGAUAUGGCAGACCUCGGCCCCUGGAUGGGCACCAGCUCUCUGUCCUUCCCACAGCGGACUGCAGCUACAGUGCUCCCGCCAUGUGAGAUGGAAAGGGGAGCUGGGUUUCAUUGUAGUGCAUAGCUGGCCAAAGACCUCUACAGCAAUAAUCUUUUAGUAUUUCAAUUUAAAUAUGUGACUUUUAUAUUAUGUUCAAGUAUUUAAAAGUACACUGUAUUUUCCAACAAUAACUUUAUAAAUGGUGCCUCUUCCAUUAGUUCAACUUUGUAAGAUUUUUCUGUACUUGGCAGCUUUAGUAAAGGAAAAACUUACCUCUGGAUUUCAGUUGAGAAAUCUCAAAUCCUGAUGUUUUAGAAUCAAACAAAAUUCUUUACCCACACAGUAAUAAUUAUUUUAUAGUGAUAAAAAGAGAGAUUAUAUUGCUAACUCAGAGAGCUGUUUCUUUCAAGAGUGCAGAAAAAAGCACCAAAGCUUACAAAUUCCUGAGGGCAUCUUGAUCUUACUUUCUGUCCUAUUCAUGGCAUUAGUGAACUGACUGGCUUUGCAGGGCCACACAGUACAAGGCUGACCAUCCACCAGGGAUGCUGAGCUUUAAGAGGCUGUUUUAGUCUAUUUUGUGUUUUUAAAACAGAAUAUCACAUCCUGGGCAAUUUAUAAAAACUGAAAUUUAUUUUCUCAUAAUUCUGGAGGCUGGGAAGUCCAAAAUCAAGGCUCGGUGUCUGGUGAGGGUCUUCUGACUGGCUCCUCAUGUGGCGGGAGACAAAAGGACACACUAUCUGAACGCUGUGUGAAACCUCUUUUAUAAGGACCUUAAUCCUAUUGACUAGGGAGGAGGCCUCUUGGCUUCAUCACCUUUUAAAGGCCCUGCCUGUUAAUACAAUCACAUUGGCAAUACUUGAAUUUUGAAGGGGACACAUUUAAACCAUAACAGAGGUUGCCAUUCAGAAAAUUCUGACUAGAUGGGAAAAAGUUACUUUGGAUUGAAUUAGUUCCUAUUUUCUGAAAACCUUAUCCAUGAUCACAUUUGCUGUUUUGUAUUCACCCCUGGAGUCCAGAGAAGCAAGUCCUGCUUUGGUCCAAUCCUCCCAAGGUCAUCCUGAGCCUGGUGGUGCCUGAAGCCCCAUCUUGCUACCUGGGUGUUUACUGGUCCACUGAGGCCUAUCAUGGAUCUCCAAGGUGAUCAUGGCAGUUUGGGGGCAUUCAGUGGUUAGGGCCAGGUGUAUAGUCCAUCAUUGUUGUAAGCCCAUUGGCAUGUUUGAGAAUGGUAAUCUUUACCUUUUUUGAGUUUGGAAAGAUAUUUCCCUGUUAUGUGUCAAGUAAUCAUAGAAUCCAUGUGAAGGAACAAAGUUUUUUUACUAUCUAGCAUUUUUCUUUUAUAGCAACUUUAGGACAUCUCAGACUUUGUAACUUCGUUAGAAACAGCUACAACAGAAGAUGCAGUAGUCACAUCUGUGUUGAGUAGGACAGGCAAAGAAAGGAGUUUUGAGGUUGGGAUUUUCUGUCUGAAACUGAGAUUCAAAACAAGAUAAAGGGGAAAUAAUCUAGAAUUCAGAAGAUGUUAUUACUAAAACUUCUUUCACCCAAGUAUUUAAAAUUAUUCACAAACUACUUUUAUAAUUAUUAACAAAAUCUGUGUUCUUAAGAUGAAGAGCAAUUCAGUGAAUUGUCUGAAAUCAGACAUAAGGUCCUUAUAUAAAAUCACAGACUUGCUUAUUCUGAAAAUUGAAUUUUCCUAGUUGAUAAGCAAGUUUCAAAACAGAAUAUGAAGAGCAGUCUAUAGAAAUCUAGUAAUAUAUAAUAUAUUUAUGUAAUAAUAACCCUUCUCAUAGCUGUGUCUAUAAACAGAGAAGUUUACUUUACACUAACAUGGGAGUUUCUUUCAAAACAUAGCACUCUGAUGAAAGGCAUUUCUGGUUUCUUUCCAGCUUAAUAAAAUAUAAAUUUUUAUUUUUAUUUUGCCUUUAGUUGAAAUUUCCUGCUUUUCAUCUGCUCAAAUUCUGUUUUAAAAUCUUAUAUUAGAGGUGAUCAAAUUUAUGAAAUAGAUUUCUAGGCUAUGUUAAAUCCAUAGAUUUUCCAAACACUUUAGUUCCAGAAAUGUAGGAGGUACUGGUAACAGGCCACUAAUAUAAAAUCCAUUAGCAACAACCAUAUAAAAGCAUCUUGCCCUGGAAAAAACAAUAUAAACAUCCAUGUGGUGAGUUACUCAGGCUGGCAGCAGGGUGUCUGAUUGCUGUGCCAAGGCUUACACCUGUGUGUUUAUAGGGGCUUGAUGAAAUUCAUGCAUUUGCAUUAAUGCAGAUAAUGCUUAUAUAAUUAACCACUCUACUUGGCUUUGCAUUCAUUAGUGACAUAUCAAUGUAAUAUACACAGAGAAAACAAGAUAAAGUAGUUUUUUCCUUUGGCUCAUGCAUUGAUAUUACUACCCACACAUCUGCUUUUGUCUAAUCUGAGAUACCUAUUCUAGUAGUUUCACAUUAAAUAUAAAUUAUUUAUUAUUUAUAAUAAUGAAUUGUAAAAUAGAGACAAGUAAUUUAUUGCUGUCAUUUUAAAAUGUUUUCUCAAAGUGCUUUAUAGAAAUAUUAUUCUGAAAAAAAACUUUGGGUCAGUGUUAGUAGCUGAGAUGAGAUUACUAUAUUGUGUGUAGCAGCUUUUAGGAGUUACAAAAUUUCCUCUGCUUUUGUGCUUUCUUCUGGUUGGAACAUCCUUUCGUCUUCACUUGUGCAGUUGCCACUCAUGUGUCAAGACCUGUCAU